AGAAGAGAAGACCGUUCAUCGUUUACUGUGCCCUUAAUUUCUCUUCUCCCUCUUUAACACCAUUCGUUCUCUCUGUGCUACUCUAUCUAUCUAUCUACACAAGACAACGACGUCGUCUUUGUCAUGUUUAAAACUCUUACGAGAUUCUUGAACUCUAAACACUGAAGAAAAAUAGAUAAAUAUAAAUAAAUAAAAGCAUGGUUGCCGGUAAGGUAAGAGUAGCAAUGGGGUUUCAGAAGUCGCCGGCGGCGCCGCACACUACUCCUCCGCCGCAGAAGAAGCAGCCUCCUCCUGCUUCUCCGUCCACCACCGCGAAGUCUUCUUCUCACAAGUCCUCUUUCUCUCGCUCGUUCGGCGCUUACUUCCCGCGCUCCUCCGCUCAGGUGCAGCCGCGGCCGCCGGACGUGGCAGAGCUCCUCCGGCUGGUGGAGGAUCUCCGGGAGAGCGAGUCGCGCCUGAAGACGGAGCUGCUGGAGCACAAGCUGCUGAAGGAGUCCAUCGCCAUUGUUCCCGUUCUGGAGAACGAGAUCACAGCGAGGGAAAGUGAAAUCGAAAGGAGCAGAAGAAGAGCGGAAGAAGCGGAAUCGGAGAACGAGAGGUUGAGAAAGGAAUUGCAGGAACUGAAGGUGAAAGCGGAAGAAGAGAAAAAUGAGAACGAGAGAAAAAUCAAAGCGCUGGAAGAGGACAUAAUAGAGUUCAAGAAAACGGCGUCGUUUAUUGGUAGUAACAGUAGCAGCAACAGAACAGAGGCAUUGGAGAGUCACGAGCAAGAAGAAGCUACACAGAAGCUUGUGGAGGUUUCGUUUAGGUCGAAUCUGAUGAGGAGUUUGAAGAAAACCGCGUCGGAUCUCGGAAGCGGGAAUUUGAAAAGAGAGGUUUCAGAAAUUUCUGAAAGGCCACUGCACUCGCGGUGUAACUCCGAGGAACUCGUUGAUUGCUCUGACUCGGUUCUGUCUGGUUCGGUUAGGUCACGCGCGCCACGUGUUCCGAAUCCUCCACCGAAACCUUCGACUUCUUCGCCGUCGAGUGGUUCCUCCGGCGAAACAGAGCGUAGGAUUCCGCCGCCGCCUCCUCCUCCGCCGAUGAAGGCCUUACCGCCUCCGCCACCGCCACCUCCGAAGAAGCUUGUGUCGAAGGCGGCGGCGGCGCCUCCUCCUCCACCGCCUCCGCUGCCGAAGGCCGGUAGAGAAGUUCCGGCGAAGGUGCGGAGAGUGCCAGAGGUGGUGGAGUUUUACCACUCGCUGAUGCGGAGGGACUCGCAUUCGCGGCGGGACUCUGCCUCCGCCGCGGAGGUGCUGGCGACGGCGAACGCUCGUGACAUGAUCGGCGAGAUCGAGAACCGUUCGACUCACUUGUUGGCGAUAAAAACAGAUGUAGAAACACAAGGAGACUUUAUUAGAUACCUGAUCAAAGAGGUGGAGAGUGCAGCAUUCACGGACAUUGAAGAUGUGGUACCUUUUGUCAAAUGGCUUGACGACGAACUCUCUUAUUUGGUGGAUGAAAGGGCAGUACUGAAACACUUCGAUUGGCCAGAGCAGAAGGCUGAUGCUUUGCGUGAAGCUGCGUUUGGUUAUUGUGAUCUGAAGAAGUUGGUAUCUGAGGCUUCGUCUUUCAGGGAUGAUCCUCGGCAGCUGUGUGGUCCUGCUCUUAAGAAGAUGCAGACUCUCUUAGAAAAAUUAGAACAUGGGAUUUACAAUAUCUCAAGAAUGAGAGAAUCGGCAACAAAGAGAUACAAAGUGUUCCAAAUUCCUGUGGAUUGGAUGCUUGAUAGUGGUUAUGUCAGCCAGAUCAAGCUGGCAUCUGUAAAAUUGGCCAUGAAGUAUAUGAAGAGAGUCUCUGCUGAGCUUGAAACAGGUGGUGGUGGGCCUGAAGAAGAAGAGCUUAUUGUCCAAGGAGUUAGAUUUGCAUUCCGAGUACAUCAGUUUGCUGGAGGUUUUGAUGUGGAGACAAUGAGGGCGUUUCAAGAGUUGAGAGAUAAAGCGAGGUCGUGCCAUGUUCAAUGUCACAGCCAGCAACAGAAAUUAUUUUGCAGGUCUGCCACAUGCUAAUGCUGGAGCAAACUCAGCUUCAGAGAAUUAGUUGCGCCGCACUCCCCCCUCCCCUAUUGUUUUUUCUGUAUUUUGUGAAUAGAAUGGCAAAUAGUAUUAGCCAUCCUUAAAAGUGUAGAACACAUUCAUAAUUCAUGAUUCAUCCAUUCAUUACUGGAAAAAAUGCUAAUCCGGUUCCAUUCUAGCACAUGUUGCUGUUGCGAAUUCACUCCAAGUCGAAGGUAGUAAAUUAUUUGCCGGGAAACAAGAUACUAUACAAAUUUGUUUCCAAUUUGGUACGUGCUGAAUUGAAUUUACUUGAAAAAUUCGCUUCUC